AAAAGAGAGAUGGUGGACCAGUAGACGAGGCCAGUUCUGGUCAGGCAGCCUCACACGACCUCUCGUACGGUGACUCCUGUCCACCGAUCUCAUUCAAGAUCAAUAUUCCAUCGAUAUAAAAAUACAAAUUUUUAUUAUUUUAAUUCUCUGUGCGCAAAAUAUUUAUUAUUCUCGCGAAAUUCAUUUCUUUAAUAUUUAGAAAAAUUUGAAUUUCCUCAGUGCGUUAAUAUCAAUUUUUUGGAUUAUAUACCCAUUCUCGCGAAUUGGUGCGAGAGGGUUGCAAAGUGGUCGCAAUGCCAUCGACAACGAGGGAAAGCUCACACAUGAGCAAAAAGAUCGUGACUCACAGUGGUCCUAUAUCGGGACAGAGCCACUCAGCAGCCACGGCCAGCAACCUCGAGAGCAACUUAGAUGCACUAUUAGAGGAUCUUCAAACGACCGUUUCAAAACCAGAAGCGAAGACAACGACAAUCAAUCGAACUAUUCGUUCAAGUUCGCCAUUGGUGGAAUACCGGUCAGCUGCCAAUUCAAGCAAAACAGUUUCUGAAAGUACAAGAACUGUUUCGCCCACGCGGGGCACGACUACGACAACUGAAAAAUAUAUUACGACAGGUCCUGCUGGCGCGCCGUCCGGUAUUCCAGGUUUAGAAUUGCUAGAUAAGGAACUUCAAGAUGUGCAACCUGGUCAAAGCAAAACAGUUGCUUACAAGCAGGUUUCUUAUCAUUAUAACAAGGACUUGGAUGGAAAACCAAUGGAUUCGUGGGAUAAUUUAACCAGUCCAGCCUUGAUCGAUUCAAUUCGUGAUCGAAGUUAUGAAGAAUCAUCACGUACGAGACGCCGAAGUCCAGAACCAACUAAAUCGGUUACUAGAGAAUUGACCUCUUAUAGUGACAGCAGUCUCAGGACUCGACAACCGUCUCCUAUUCGAUCAACCCAGAAGGACGUAUUUUAUCAAGAAAGUAAAGAGAGUUACCGAUCGAAUCCAAGAACAUUGACGAGCACGUCACAUGAAGUACUUGAGGACGUAACACCCGCAGUGCCAGUGAAUUUGGCACCCGGACCGAACACUAAGGUGACAACCACUGUCAAGACCUACACCUACGAGCUUCCUGGAGCACCAGACACAUACGUGAAUAGUUCCUUGACAAAGAAUCAUGAUAAAUCCGUGACCUAUUCAUCUACAAAGGAUCCAGGGGUUCAAAAAACGAUCACCUAUGAGGUGGAUCAAAGAGGUUACCGCUCAGGAAGUCCAGUGAGAUAUUCACCAAUUGACGUGCCAGUAAAAUCGAAAACCGUUCACGCUGAGGAAAAAUAUUUCCGUGAAGAGCGCCACGGUUAUAGACCAACGAGUCCAACUUAUCACACUUCGAGUAAUGCGACAACAAUCUAUCAUGGAUCACCCUCACCAACGGGCACGUCAAGUUUGACGAGAAGAGAGAAAUUCUCCGAUAUCAAUGGCUAUGGACCACGAGGACCUGGCGAUUUCACCGAUCACGCGGAACUUAAGAGCACCACCUAUUAUCAAAGUCCAGUGGCACCAGUGAGUGAAACGCGAACCGAAUUAAUUGAGGAGCAUUACAGUAGUAGAUCACGAAGUCCGCCUAGAACUUAUUAUCCUCCGGUACAAACGACAAGCGCAAAGGAGACAAUUUAUAAAUUCGAAAAGUCCAGCAAAAGUUGCGAUGGACCCAAACCAUUUCCCUCUGGUGGGGUCAAAGUUUAUCCGACGAAACCACCGAUUUCCGAGGGACCACCCGCUAAACUCGAAGAUCUGAUGGCUUCUUUUUCAGACACCGAGAAAGAAGUUUUGGACGAGAUUGACCGAAAGGAGCGGGUUCAACGAAGAACCAAGGAAAUAAUUAAAAAGGAAGUGGAAUUCACGAACUCUCCACCAAGAAGCAAGGCAGCUUCUCCUGUUUAUUAUCCCCCAGGUUCUGAAUUAGCGAAACGUGAAGGAAGUGGAUCAAUGGCACACUCAAGCAGUGCCUACAUGUCGGAUAAGGGCGAAUGGAAACGGGGGAUGUACGAAAAAGAAUCGAAAUCAGAAACAAAAUGGAAGACAAAGAAAGGAAAAGUAGCGAUACCUCUUUGUUUGCCUCUGUGUUGCGCUGCACCAUGUGUCAUUAUGUGAAAAAAAAAAUAUCAAGCUAUUUAAACAAAAAUUCGCGAAAACUAAACAAAAUUAAUAAUAAUAAUAAUAACAUUCAAUGCCUCAAUUUUGAAUUCAGAUGUUUAAAAAAAAUAAUUCUUUGCAAUUAAAGAAUAUAUUCUUUAAUUGCAAAGAAUAUUUUCUUUUCUCUCGACGAAAAAUUCUGAAUUCUUAAAAAUAAAAAUGUAGCGGCAAAAAAUCAGUAGAUCUUAAAUGUUAAAAUAAUUAUUAUCAAUUGAAUAUUAAUAUCAAUGAUACUGUCUCUAACAAAAAAUGUAGUUUAACUCAAAUGUUCUAUUUAUAUUUAUUGUAUGACAAAAAACCUGUGAGUUUCAAUUUUUUCUCUAA